AUGAGGUUUCUGGGCAACGUGUUUAUAGGUCUCCUCGGCUUCUAUUCACUAGCGAAUGCAUUCAACAGCAACGUAGGACAUUCAUAUCCUCGGAGCUCUGCGGCAAACACGAGUUCAGUCCUCGAUGUCUUCGAGGUUUAUAAGCCUGUCGAAUUUGACCCUCCGAGUCAAGGAUGUAGCGAGGUUCUCCUCCUGAUGGAGCACGAGUUUGCACUUAGUUAUGGGAAACCUUUUGUUGGGGACUACAUGCCCCCACAGUGUGAUUUUGAUACUGUCCGGAUCAAUCUCACUGUGACAUCGAAAGGGCGCCAGUUUGACCGACUAGCAGUAAUGUACUUGAAUGACACUGAAGUGUUCCGUACGUCCACAGCUGAGCCAACUACGAAUGGGAUCAUUUGGACCUAUGUCAAGGAAAUGUCCCAAUAUCUUGCCUUGUGGAAGAAUCCCCAGAAAAUCAUCUUCGAUCUCGGAAAUCUGAUCGACAGCACAUAUACUGGUCCUUUCAAUGUGACGCUGACUGCCUCAUUCACAAAGGAAGACAAGGGACGAGUAGCCGACGUCAUUCUUCCCAUCUCAGCACGUCAAUCGGCAAAGAACGCCUCCAGCGCAUUCACCGUCCCGGGCGACAAUGCCACGGUGAGCCUAACGUUUCCGAAGAAUGCCCAAAGGGCAGUCAUCUCCAUCUCUGCAUGCGGUCAGAUUGGGGAGGAAUUUUGGUGGUCCAACGUCUUAUCUCAGGACACGGACGACUUCAACUCUACAAUCGGUGAGCUAUAUGGUUACUCGCCUUUCCGUGAGAUACAGCUUUUCAUCGACGGCAUUCUCGCCGGAGUUGUAUGGCCGUUCCCCAUCAUUUUCACGGGAGGCGUGGCUCCUGGUUUCUGGCGGCCUAUCGUUGGCAUCGAUGCCUUUGAUUUACGUGAGCCAGAAAUCGACAUCUCUCCCUUUUUGCCUCUCUUGGCCAACGGCAAGCCACAUACGUUCCAGAUAAAGAUCGCCGGACUAAAUACUCCGUCCGCUGAUGCAAUCAGUCUGUCCGAAACCGUUGGCUCGUAUUGGGUUGUUACUGGCAAGGCAUUUAUAUAUCUCGAUGAUGGCACAAAUACCAACAGCCUGACAUCCGGUCAACCGCCUACAAUCGACGCACCAGACCCCGAAUUCAGUUUCACGCGCAACUUGGUUUACAAUGCCACCAGCGGCGUGAAUGAGACUUUGUCUUAUUCAGUAAAGGCUCACCGAACCCUGAAAAUCACCUCGGGACAGAAUUCAUGGACGCAGGACCUCUCGUUUUCCAACGAUGGUCUUUUGAACCAAGACGGACUGAGCCAGAGGAAUAUUCAGAAUACUACCGGAACAUCUACUGCUUCCGGUAUUGGCACUGAUGGCAAGUUUGCCAAAGAACGUACAUCAUUUAGCUACCCCAUAGACGCCAACACGACCUAUGGCCUUGGGGCGAAUUACACGAUUAUCGAUGCGGCCAUAGACCGCGAACUGCAAAUCUCCUCUACGGGCGGUCUUGGUGGUAUAUCUACUUAUACCCUUGUCUCUGGCCCUAUCGAUUUGAAAACACGCCAAUGGGGAAGUGCGCAUUACUUUGGUAUUUCCGGCGGCUCAUCGACCUCUUCUGGCGACACAUCCAACGAGUUUCAUGAAUCAUCCGGCGGGACAACUUAUGACACUUUUGUACGAGCUGUAAAUGGGACUGUAGUCACAGGUAACGGUCCUGCGGGAUCUCUGUCGUUGGUUACCCAAGGCGAUUUGUACCCAGGGAGCGGUCGAUCUAGUAUUCGAAGUAUUCUAGGACGAGGUCCAAGCAGUAACAUUCUACGUCGUUGA